UUUCCAGCUGGUAGAUGCGGGCUAGCUAGCCGGUUAGCUACCGCUGCAUUUGGCUCUUUCUUCGGGGUGAAACAUUAAACAAAGGCCGUGCCACCCCGUUAACACCGGCUUAUCUGACAGUCGCAAUGCCGGUCCACUCGCGGGAGAAGAAAGAAAGCAACCACGAAGAAAUGGAGGUGGACUUUCCCGAGCAAGACGGCAGCACCACAGACGAGGAGGAUACCGUGAGCUCGUCCGUGUCUGAAGAUGGAGACAGCUCGGAGAUGGACGAUGAAGACUGUGAGAGGAGGAGGAUGGAGUGCCUGGAUGAGAUGACCACGCUGGAGAAGCAGUUCACUGACCUGAAGGAACAGUUGUAUAAGGAGCGUCUGAGCCAGGUGGACAUCAAGCUCCAGGAGGUCAUGGCCGGUUGUGCCCAAGAGUAUCUGGAACCUUUAGCCAACCUGCAGGAGAACAUGCAGAUCAGGACCAAAGUGGCCGGGAUCUACAGGGAGCUGUGCUUGGAGUCAGUAAAGAACAAAUACGAGUGUGAGAUCCAAGCAGCGUGCCAGCACUGGGAGAGUGAGAAGUUGCUGCUGUUUGAUACUGUGCAGAGUGAGUUGGAGGAAAAGAUCAGACGACUGGAGGAAGACAGGCACAGUAUCGACAUUCCUGCAGAGUUGUGGAAUGACGGAUUGCACUCACGGAAGAACAAGAAAAAGGACCCGUUCUGCCCGGUGAAGAAGAAGAAGCCCGUUGUUGUUUCUGGGCCUUAUAUUGUUUACAUGCUGCAAGACCUGGAUAUCCUUGAAGACUGGACUGCAAUAAGAAAGGCGAUGGCAUCACUGGGGCCCCACAGGGUGAAGGUGGAUGUGCCUGCAGUAAAGCCUGACAGACAUCACCACGUGGCACGCUCCGAGGACGGUCGACUUUUCUAUGACAACCAGUGGUACUCCAGGGGACAGGCCAUCUGUAUCAACAGGAAGGACGAGUACCCAACUAGGUGUGUGGGAAGGGGGUUUAUUGGAAACAGCUUCUAGUAUGAAUUGUGAAUGCGUGUGCGUCUGCUCGUGACACAACGUGCAAGGCUACGUGACUGAAUGGCUCUCCAGUCACAUGCUGGGGAGACAAUGUGCCUACGAGGCUGAAUGUUUGUGGCUGCACAUUCUGCAUCCCGCCCCGUGUGCCGUCUGGAAAGGAUGCGCUGUCAGCUGAAGGCACGCAGUGAUGCCACAUCACCUCCCCCUCGCUUUUACCACCACCACUGAGUGGCGAAACAAGCAGGUGGCUGUUAUGAGCAGUUAGAGCUGUG